GCUAGAGUUUGCCGGAACACCUCGACCUUCACCGGCAGUAACCAAAAAAGAAAAGAAAAUUACAACACGAAAAGUCGUACACGUUGACUUGACAUAUAUGAAUGCAGAAGCAAUGGCAGGAGUUCAAAAGAAUUUGUUUGGGCUCUUGUUUUUUGUCUCAUUCUCUCUAAUAAUCCCGACCCUUCACGCCAACAUCGGUAAUCAAUCCGAUGAAUACUGGAAGCUCCGAGAAGAGAACGCCCAAAAAGCCAACCUCGAGGCCUUUCAUUCACAUCCCGAGGAAAUCACCAAUGACUUCAACUCUCAUGUCAACAAGGUUCUGACGGGGACGAACAGCACAAGAAGAAACUUGAGAAAGUACAAGGGACCAUGCUUGGCGACCAACCCAAUUGACCGAUGCUGGAGGUGUCGCCCGAAUUGGGCCCAAAACCGCAAGAGGCUGGUCAAGUGUGUCCUUGGGUUCGGGCACAGAGUCACCGGUGGAAAAAAUGGUCCAUUCUACGUUGUGACCGAUUCCUCCGACAACGACAUGGUGAAUCCAAAACCGGGAACCCUCCGGCACGCGGUUACCCAGGAAGGGCCCCUCUGGAUUAUAUUUGCACACAGCAUGAUAAUUAGGCUGAAUCAGGAGCUGAUCAUGACGAGCGACAAAACCAUUGAUGGUAGGGGAGCCAAUGUGCGCAUAUCCUUUGGUGCUGGCCUCACCCUCCAAUUCAUCAAGAAUGUCAUCAUUCAUAACAUUCAUAUCCAUGACAUUGUCUCCGGAAAUGGCGGGCUUAUCAGGGAUUCUCAAGGCCACGUUGGUUUGAGGACCCAGAGUGAUGGUGAUGGUAUCUCCAUCUUUGGCUCAUCCAACAUCUGGAUUGACCAUGUUUCCAUGUCCAACUGCCAAGAUGGCCUAAUUGAUGCCAUCAUGGGAUCAACUGCCAUUACCAUAUCCAACUGCCAUUUCACCCACCACAAUGAGGUGAUGUUAUUUGGUGCAAGCGACAGCUACUCCGGCGACUCGAUAAUGCAAAUUACAGUUGCCUUCAACCACUUCGGGAGGGGAUUGGUGCAAAGGAUGCCGAGGUGCCGAUGGGGAUUUGUUCAUGUGGUUAACAAUGACUACACUCACUGGCUAAUGUAUGCCAUUGGUGGUAGCAGCCAUCCGACCAUUAUCAGUCAGGGUAACCGAUUCAUUGCUCCUCCAAACGGCUUUGCUAAAGAGGUGACCAAGAGGGACUACGCGGAGGAGGGUGUGUGGAGUCAGUGGACAUGGAGAUCGGAGGGAGAUCUGAUGUUGAACGGAGCAUUCUUCGUUCAAUCUGGGAAGCAACUUGCAAAGAAGCCAUACUCGAGGUUGGAAAUGAUAAAAGCGAGACCAGGGACAUUCGUCAAAAGACUCACGCGCUUCGCCGGCACCGUCAACUGCAAACCCGGCAAACGUUGUUAGCGUUUUCCAAAUUUCUUUUUAUAGAUAAUAAAAAACUUAGCCUCGUUUCUUUAGGCGAGGAUGAGCAUCAUAUAUAACAGAACGCCUGUAGUUGUUGUAGUUGCUAUACAUCAUAUAUAUAUUGUUUGGAGAAGAAGGGAAAGCAAAUCAAAGUACUUAUGGGGGUCUGACAAAGAUGGAGAUCAUCAGCAAGAAAAGAACAUAAAUUUCCGCAUGGCUAAUAGCGUUUUCUGGGUGCUUUUCCAUUGAUUAAAAGCAGAAGAAGCAAUAUGGUUCUAUGUAAGCUUAAAGCAUGCAGGCAUAUGUAUGUCUCGCAUGCACUCUCUAUUCUGUAUGUGUGUUAAAAAUUUACAAUAUUAACAAAAUC